AUGCCACCCGCCUUCCCGGGCGGUGAUAACAACGGCAACGUCUGUGGCCUCCCUCCAGGGCCCUUCCCAGCGGCCGCGGAGCCAGCCAACAUGUUCGGGCUCUGGAGGACCUUCCCCAGCGUGGUUUUCUACCUCACUCUGGCCGUGGGCCUCGGGGGGCUGGUGGGGAACGGGCUGGUCCUCUGGCACCUGGGCUUCCACAUCAAGAUGGGCCCCUUCUCUGUCUACAUCCUCCAAGUGGCCACCACGGACUUCCUGUUCCUGGGCUGCCAGCUGAGCUUCUCGGCCGUCCAGGUGGCCCUGGGCUCCAAGGACAACCUCUACUUCGGCGUCACCUUUGUUGCCUGCUCCGUGGGGCUCUGGCUGCUGGCGGCCUUCAGCACCGAGCGCUGCCUCUCCGACAUCUUCCCCACCUGCUACCAGGGCUGCCGCCCCAGACACACGUCGGGCGUCGUCUGCGGUCCGAUCUGGGCCCUGACCCCGCUGGCCGUGCUGCUGCCCGCCAGCGCCUGCGGCCUGCUGCGCGAGGGCGUGCGCCUGUCCACCUGCCUGCGGUACCAUGUGGCUAGCAUGCCGUGGCUGCUGUCCUUGGCCUGCAUGGCCUGCGUGGUUGGGCUUGUGCUCUUCGUCUGGGUGAUGUGUUGCUCCCAGCGCCCGCGCCCUCAGUUCUACAGCAUCUUCCAGGGCUCCAUAUUCCUGCUCCUCUUCUGCGGCUUCCCCUACAUCCUGUACUACCUGCAUCCCGUCCUGAGCCUCCUGCUGCCCGUGUUCCCGCUGGCCACCCUCCUGGCCUGUGUCCACUGCAGCGCCAGGCCUCUCAUCUACUUCGCGACGGGCCGGCAGCCGGGCAAGUGGAAGCCACUCCGGGUGGUCCUCCAGCAGGCCGCCCAGCUGGGGGCCGGGGGGCUGUUCCUGCCCAUGGGCCGCAUGUCGGGGCUGCCCAGGGUCCCCCCAACCCUUCACCAGACCCUCCAGGACCACGUGUCAUCCCGCACCACCGCCCCCCCGGCUCACUGGCCCUGGGGACACAAGGGCCGGGGGCAUCAUGAGAUGCCCCAUGCCCAGCCUGUGGAGUACAAGGAAGGCCUGAGGACAAGGCCAGAGACACAGCAGGAAAGCGGGGAGCCCCCAGGACUGGGGCGAGGAUGGGCACCCCAGCUCCUGCCCCCUUCGCCCCCUGUCACCAGCUGA